UUGUUAAAGCGACGAGGAAACAAAUUCAGUGACGAAGAAAAAGCUUUGCUUGAAAAAGGAAUCGAGGAAAUCACUGAGAAGUUCAGGAAUGGCGACCGUUCUCCGUCUGUAACUGAUGUGAUUAAAAACAUUGAUCUCACACAGAAAGAGGUAGCUAUAUUGAUUACCGCAGCGCAAAAGUGCAGCACCGCCGAGAGACCUAAACGAGUCUAUCGUCAUGCAGGUGGAGUUAAAAAGAUAAGGAAGAAUAUGUAUUUGCUUCCCGACACUUUAUAUGAGAGGACUGUAUUCAGACCAGAGGAAACUGAGGAGGAACGUAUCAUUUGCUUGACAGAAGCGCUGUGUCAUGCCGUUCGUAAGUACGAUCAGCACGAAUGGUGCAACAGAUUUUUCUCAGGUCGAGAUGAAGCUGAGAAGGUUGCGUCAAACUUUAUCACUGACAUGCUUUCCAAUCGUUGCGUGGAAGUAGCAAAUAGAUUAAAACAGUGCGUAUCGCUUCCAGCAGGAACAACAUUGCCUCCCACAUUCACCACCACAUCGGCUUAUCGUGUUUUUGAGAGGGCUCGUCUAUCGUUGACGGAGCGUGCUUCAGGUUAUUUUUCUGCCAAUAGUGCAGAUGCAACAGAUGUUUUGGGGUUGUCGCAUGGUGGCAUUGCACGUAAAUUAACGGCUCAAGUGCGCUGUCUUCUUCGUGAACCCACUCGUCUGGCAUUAGCGAUAGAUCCUCCUGAUGUGGAAGAGCAAAGAAACAGAGCUCAGAUGGAAUUGAUGCAGACGAUAAUGGACGAGCAGUCGUUUCCUUAUGAGCAGUACGGGUUGAAUGAUGUGGAAAAUGAAGUGGUAAUUAGUUCCACCGAACACUGCGGACCUAUUCAUUAUGAGGACUGCGUCGACGAUGCCCUCAAUGAGACAGUGCAUACGGUCAUGGAUCUAGUUUUUAACCGAACACCUCAAAUGAAGAAGCGUGGAAGACCUUCUAGGAAAGACCGACUGUAUCGCAUUUUGGCAGCUUCGGGAAAAGAGUCGGAUACAAGUAAAAGACGAGUUUUACCUCGUUCAGCGAAGAAACACAGGUCGGCGUUUGCUGCUGGAAGUUCUGAUGUUUACGAUUUCGAAAUGGACUCCGAAGGCAGUGUUGAUGUGUCCCCGCUUACAUCAGAACAUGGCAAUGAAUCUAUGGGAGACGCAGAAAUAUCCGUUGAUAAAGGUGUUCAUCAAACGACCGUACCAGAUAUUCAACAAGCUGCAAAUGUGAGAAAGACUAUUCUUGUUAAUAAAACGUUGCAGCAGGAUUCCAACGGCAAUGACCUUUCGAAGCGUAAGCGUGGAAGACCAAGAAGAACUGCUGCUAUCAAGAAGUGCCUAGAAGCAGUAUCGCCAGUUGAGUGGGCGAAAGCUGAGAAGGAGGUUCGCUCCUUUCAAAUAUGUUUUUUUAGUUAG